AUGGAACAACAAAAUGUGCUACAAACUGCGACCCAGAACGAUCACCAGGCGCCGAGCCAGGAGGUCAUGGGUGCCACAACAGGUGCUGACAUCGACCAGCAUGGUAGCAACCAAAGACGUCCAACAGCCGAUCCUAAUGCCUUUAUCGGUACUGAUACCGAAGGAAGACGUAUAUCGGAGCAUGCUCAAAUGAAGCCAACGGAUCGUGCCAAGCAACUUGCUACCGAGAUGAAAGAAAAGCUAAAGUUCCGUAAGCAGCAAAACAUCCCAGAACCCCACAAGCAACUCUCCAUCGGUGGUAAAGUUGUGCCACUCGAAUGA